CAAAUAAAUUCAUAUUUCUUGAUGACUUGGUCAUUGAAAGUCGGUAAUAACUGUAAUAAGUGAGUCUAUUGUGUCGUGACAAUGAUAAAUGGAAGUUCUAAUGAUGCUUCGACAAACGCGCCACGGAUAAGCAGCAGUGAAACCAAUCAAAGAGACCCAUUCGUCAUUUCGAGGUGUCGCAGAAAUAAUGAAGUAACAGUAAACAACGAAGAUACUAAUAAUGACUCGACUGAAGAAACCGACGUGGAGGAGAAAUUACUGACGAUAUACUGUCGAGCAGGCAAGCUAGGAGCCGCCUAUUACACCAUACAAACCGGAGAGCUUCACAUCCUAGAGGAACUACCAGACCGGGCCCCAGAAUUCCUCAUGUUCCGAAACUUGUUCCGACAAGUCGAACCCUUACAAGUCCUUCUGGAUGGACGGACACAAAGUGCCUUCGUCAGCGCUGUAAAGAAGACAGUAUUUGCUGGUGGAGAGGAGGGAGGGAAAUGCAAGUUGAUGUUCCUGGCUUCUAGGGAGUAUAGCUUCGAAGCAUGCAAACGUCGUAUCUACCUCCUGUCCCUACCAACUGAACCCAAAAACUGCACCAAUGAAGAGAGAACUCUAUUCCUUAGAACUGUGAUAGAUUUCAACCAGACUCAAACAGUCCAUGCUUUGGGUGCCCUGCUUAAAUAUCUAGACCUGAACUGGUCAAAUUUGAACCUGGAUUUGCAGAGCAAGCCUCAGUUUUUGAGCUUGAGAAGGAUUUCUUUGAAAGACAUUGUAACAAUUGACGAAGACACAUAUCGCGGUCUCCAAAUAUUCAGCACCAUUUCCCACCCUAGCAACUUCAAGAAGGGGGUCCAGGGCAGUAACAAGGAGGGGUUGAGUUUAUUCUACUUAUUUAGCAAAUGCUCGAGCAAAGUUGGACAGAAGAUGAUGAGAGUGCUUAUGCAGCAUCCGACCACCGACUUGGAAACGAUAAAGCGUCGUCAGGACGCCGUGGAAUUCUUCAUGAAGCCACAAAGCGACACCAUUAUGAGAAAUAUGUGUUCAUCGCUGAGGUUCAUCAAGAAUGUUAAUGGAAUCUUGACAAAAAUAAAGGAGUUAUCUGCCAAACCCUACCAAUGGAAGUCGCUCUACAACACUUUGUACAACGCAGUCCUGAUCUGUGAGAUGUGCGAGAACGCAGGGAAAUCGAGCGAGUUCCUUGAACAACUCGCCUCUUUUGACAACAACAAACUUUAUGAAAUGGCGUUAUACAUGAACAGGAUAAUAGACUUCGAUCUAUCGAAGACUGAACGAAAGUUCACCGUCAAAGCCGGAGUUGACCAAGAACUUGACAUGAAAAAGCAAACCAUGGCAAGCCUCCACACCCUAAUGUCCGAAACAGCCAAGGUUGAACUAGAGCGACUGCCCCCCUUCGUAGAAGAAUGCACUAUGUUAUACAUGCCACAUCUAGGCUACCUACUGGGCGUGAAGAUCUGGGCUGAGGGACUGACUAUGGAAGAAAAACAGCUACCUGAUAUGAAGUUCAUGUUUCAAAACAAUGACUACAUUCACUACAAAAGCAAAGGUUGUGAAGAACUGGACGUGAUGAUAGGCGACACGUACCCCGAGAUCGUUGCGCAUGAAACCCGCAUCAAGCUGCGCCUGACCGCUGUGAUCCUUGAUAAUCUCAACACAUUAGCGGCUUGCGUAGACGCCUGCGCCGAACUUGAUUGCCUCAUAGCAAUCGCCAAAGUCUCGAUAGAGUACAACUUCGUGCGUCCCACCAUGUGUCCUGAGAAGAUUAUUGACAUCAAAGAUGGCCGGCAUCCACUGCACAUCCUGACAACAGAUAACUUCGUGCCCAAUGAUGCUCAGACCAGCGCUGGAGCGUGCGCGAGAAUUCUUACGGGGCCUAAUGCGAGCGGAAAGUCCGUCUACAUGAAGAUGAUCGGCCUCAUCGUAUAUCUAGCCCACAUUGGCAGCUUUGUCCCAGCUCGAACGGCGACCAUUGGUAUAAUCCGCCACAUCAGGUCGCGCUUGCAGACCGCGGAAUGUGUGGCGACCCACAUGUCUGCUUUCCUCAUCGACCUCAAACAGAUGGAGCUAGCCCUCCAAGAAUCCACCUCCGACUCCCUCAUCUUAAUAGACGAGUUCGGCAAAGGCACCUCCGAGGUGGACGGCCUGUCGCUACUAGCAGCCUGCCUCAACACGUUCCUGUUCCAAGGAGACGCGUGUCCCCACAUCUUCCUGUCCACACACUUCCUCAACAUCAGGGAGUAUAUCGCGGAGACGCCAUUGGUCAAGUUCGGCAAAGGCACCUCCGGGGUCGACGGCCUGUCGCUACUAGCAGCUUGCCUCAACACGUUCCUGUUCCAAGUAGACGCGUGUCCGCACAUCUUCCUGUCCACACACUUCCUCAACAUCAGGGAGUAUAUCGUGGAGACGACAUUGGUCAAGUUUUUAUUUUAUCAUCCGACUGAUGAGUUCGGCAAAGGCACCUCCAAGGUGGACGGCCUGUCACUACUAGCAGCUUGCCUCAACACGUUCCUGUUGCAAGGAGACGCGUGUCCGCACAUCUUCCUGGCCACACAUUUUCUCAACAUCAGGGAAUAUAUCGUGGAAACGCCGUUCGUCAAGGUUUUGCGUUUUGAACACGUAAUGGACGGAGAUGCCCCGGUAUUCCUCUUCAGAGUAACAGAAGGCUGCGUGGACAGCAGCUUCGCCCUUCAAGUCGCCCGAGCCAGCGGAGUAGAUGGCAGUGUCCUUGACAGGGCCAGUGAAGUGGCCGUUAGUAUAAAGAACAACGGCCUGCCACCACCAAACAAGAAAAUCAUGACAAAACUGAAGGCACUCACUGAAAUAAUAAAAUCAGAUCUCGCCGAAGACAUUUAAUAAUAAAAUUUGCUUAUAAA